GAGACGCCAAGACCACCCGAGCCCCUUCCGGCCGGAAACAUCCGGCUGGCUGGACCGGAAGGGGCUCUAGAGGCAGACGAGGGGGGACUGAAAGGAAGUCCCGCCUCUGCUGCGCCAGCGAGGCCGUGGAAGCCACCGCGUACCUGGCUGGGGCCCGAAGGGGCGGGCAGACCUGAUUCCGGAGCUGCCAUGAUUGAAGUGGUAGCAGAGCUGAGCCGGGGUCCUGUGUUUCUGGCGGGGGAGGCUCUGGAGUGUGUGGUGACUGUGACCAACCCUCUACCCCUUACAGCCACUUCUGCAUCCAGUGAGGCCCUGGCCUGGGCCAGUGCCCAGAUACACUGCCAGUUCCAUGCCAGUGAGAGCCGAGUAGUACUGCCUCCCCCUGACUCUAGCCAACCAGAUGUUCAGCCUGACAGCCAGACUGUCUUUCUGCCUCACCGAGGUGAAAGGGGUCAGUGUAUCCUUUCUACCCCACCAAAAAUUCUAUUUUGUGACCUGAGGCUAGAUCCUGGAGAAUCAAAAUCAUACUCCUACAAUGAAGUGCUGCCUAUAGAGGGACCACCCUCCUUUCGGGGCCAGUCAGUCAAGUAUGUCUACAAACUGACCAUUGGCUGCCAGCGUGUCAACUCACCCAUCACUUUACUCAGGGUCCCUUUGAGGGUUCUUGUGCUGACUGGCCUUCAAGAUGUCCGAUUUCCCCAGGAUGAGUCUGUAGCCCCAUCCAGUCCAUUCUUAGAGGAGGAUGAAGGUGGGAAGAAGGACUCAUGGCUAGCUGAGCUGGCUGGGGAGCGCCUCAUGGCUGCCACAUCCUGCCGAAGCCUACAUCUGUACAAUAUCAGUGAUGGCCGAGGGAAAGUUGGGACAUUUGGCAUCUUCAAAUCUGUGUACAGACUUGGCGAGGAUGUGGUGGGGACCUUAAACUUAGGAGAUGGAACUGUAGCUUGUUUGCAGUUUUCAGUAAGUUUACAGACUGAGGAGCGAGUACAACCUGAGUACCAGCGACGCCGUGGGGCAGGGGGUGCCCCCUCUGUGUCCCAUGUGACUCAUGCCCGGCACCAAGAGUCCUGCCUACAUACAACCAGAACCAGCUUCUCUCUCCCCAUCCCUCUCAGCUCCACCCCAGGCUUCUGCACUGCCAUUGUGUCCUUGAAGUGGCGAUUACAUUUUGAAUUUGUAACAUCCCGAGAACCAGGAUUGGUGCUACUGCCCCCUGUGGAACAGCCUGAACCUGCCACCUGGACAGGUCCUGAGCAGGUGCCUGUAGAUACCUUCAGCUGGGACCUCCCCAUCAAGGUGCUGCCUACAAGCCCCACUCUGGCCUCAUAUGCUGCCCCAGGCCCCAGCACCAGCACCAUAACCAUCUGAAACUGGCCUACCUACCCAUGCUGGCCCUGCUUUCUUCAGGAUACUAAGAACUCUGCAUUUGAGCUGUAAGAGGCCCCACUUUUUCCACCUUGGGCCCAAAAGCAGACGAGAGGCAGGCCUUGAGCUGUAGCAUUAAUUUAUUUACUCAGAAUAAUUGGCUGCUUCUAGUGGUUUCUCUGGAAGUGGCAGCAGCAGUGAGCAGUCAGCAGAUGGGUGAUCAGGUGAGUCUAGCUGGAAUGGGGAGCAGGAGCCCCAGGAACAGGGGUGUUUGCUGAGCCCCACUCUAGGUCAGGCCCUCUGCCUUUGCAGGGCAGCCGAGGAUCAGAUUUUUGCACCAAGGAAAAUUGGCAGGUUCCUGCCUCCUGACGAACCUCACACUCAGCAGGGAAGUCAAUGGGAUGCUGAGACCUGGGGAACCAAGGAUGGGGAGAGAGUCAGCACAGUAAACAGCCACCUUUAUGGGCCCUAUCCCCUCUUACCGCUGUCUUCCCAUAUCCUCCUUUGGUGUCCCCUGGUCCUCCUAAACUCUUCUCUACUAUAUAAAGAUUUUUGUUCUGUAGCAAGGGUAUGUUUGUUUCACCUCUACCUCAGUCUCUUUCACUUUGUGGCUUGAAUGCUUACAUUUUUCACUCUUAGUUACUAUCUGCAGGUCCGGCUAGUCUCCAACUGAUCUUUUGUUCAUUCUUAUUUAGUCACUUCCUGGUCAUCCCUCCUGUAACUUGCAUC